ACUCAACGAAAACCUCUCCAAAGCUUUCCACUUUUCUCUUCUAAUUUUCCACGAGAAAAUGAGUGGUUUCAGUCUCAAAAGGCUAGCACUCACCAUUCUCAUCGCCUUGCUUGCCUGCUCUUCGAGCUUUCAAGCAUGCAGUGCUAGAAAAGCUAUGUACACCCGGCAGCUCAAGACCAUAGGAAAAGGUUAUGAUGGUUAUAAUUAUCAGGACCCCAAAUUGAUGGAUGAAGGAAACGGAGUGACUCCAUUGAAGAAUACUGGUUCUUCCACCUUUAAUGUCUUACACUUUGGUGCCAAAGGUGAUGGGAAGGCUGAUGACACCAAGGCAUUUGAAGCAGCAUGGGCGGCAGCUUGCCAGGUUCGGGGAUCGACGAUGAUGGUUCCAUCUGGGUCUGUGUUCCUCGUUAAACCGAUAACUUUCUCGGGCCCUAACUGCGAACCAAACAUUGUAUUUCAGUUGGAUGGGAAGAUCAUUGCUCCUAGAAGCUCCAGUGCUUGGGGAUCAGGGUUCUAUCAGUGGCUCGAUUUCUCUAAGCUUCAAGGGAUUACGAUACGUGGUAAAGGAACUAUCGAUGGACAAGGCUCAAUCUGGUGGAAUGACUCGACAGAUGAAUCAGAAUCAGAAACUCCGACUGCCGGAGAUUCACUUUAUAGCAGCAAACAGGAUUCGAUAAGUGGUGAACUCAGUGCAAAAAUGCCAAGCACCAAGCCAACAGCUCUCAGGUUCUAUGGGAGUUCUGUUGUGACAGUCACUGGCAUCACAAUUCAAAACAGUCCUCAGACCCACCUCAAGUUUGAUGAUUGCACCGGCGUCCAGGUUUCUGGCGUGACUGUUUCAUCCCCCGGGGACAGCCCCAAUACGGACGGAAUCCACCUACAGAACUCCCAAAAUGUGGUGAUCUAUAGCACAAAUCUAGCUUGUGGAGACGACUGUGUAUCAAUACAGACAGGAUGCUCAAAUAUAUUCGUACACAAUGUGAAUUGUGGACCUGGUCAUGGAAUCAGCAUUGGAGGUCUAGGGAGGGAUAACACCAAAGCCUGCGUAAAAAAUGUCACGGUUCGAGACAUCACAAUGCAGGAUACAAUGACUGGUGUCAGAAUCAAGACAUGGCAGGGCGGUUCUGGCUCAGUGAGUGGGGUCAUGUUCUCAAACAUUCAAGUUUCUAGGGUCAAAACUCCCAUCAUGAUCGAUCAAUUCUACUGUGACAAGAGCAGAUGCCAGAAUGAAACAAAAGCUGUAGCUGUAUCAGACAUAAACUACGUAAACAUAAGGGGUACCUACACGGUAAACCCCGUGCACUUUGCAUGUAGCGACAGCUUGCCAUGCUCAGGUGUGACUCUGACCACCAUACAGCUAAAACCAGCACAAGAAGUCUCCCAAUCGAAUGGACCUUUCUGUUGGGAGACAUAUGGACAGUUGAAAACCAACACCAUCCCUCCAAUAGACUGUUUGCAGAGAGGCAAACCAUCUAAAAACCAACUACAUUCCAAUGGUGAUUCAUGCUGAACUUAGCCAGUGUUAUGAUAGAUAUGAACAUGGACCUGCCAUGAUUUCAAAACAACUAUUCAUGCUAUAGUAGUGUAAUGAAGGUGAUACCUGUCUAUAAAAUCACUGUUUCAUGUAGAACUCUUGUUUCUGAGGAAAACAGCGGUUUCCACUUUCCA